UUAUUUGUUCCUUUUUGUGUAUUUCAAACUAAAUUUAAACUUUUUUUUUAAUUCUAAACUCACUAUUCUAGCCUCUUUCUUUCCUUUUCUCUCUCUCUCGUCCUUCUUUCUUUUUGUAUAUAGACCUCAUCCUCCCUUCACUUAUAUAAUAUUACCUAGCCAUAAUGCCAAGAAUGAGUUACAAAUCAGGCACACAAGAUGUGGUAGUCGAUCAACUUAAAGUACUUGAACCCUCAUCGUCAAGAACUUCAUUAUUCAAGCCAAUCAAGAAAUCUACAAAGAGCCUUCAUCGUAGAAGACAUACAAUAGAUGCUUGGAAUCAUUUGGAUGAACCGCUGAUUCCAUGUCGAAGAUUAUCCUCAUCUGAAUUAAAAAAAAAAGUAGUACAGCCACCUCAUAAAAGAAUAUUAGUCACUGGUGGAGCAGGAUACAUUGGAAGCCACACUUGUCUAGAGCUAUUAAAUGCUGGAUAUGAUAUCGUUGUCAUGGAUAAUAUGAUAAACUCAAACAAAGAAGCACUAUACCGAGUAGAAAGACUAGCUGGUAGACCAAUUGUGUUUAUGAAGGGAGAUGUCACACAUGAAUCAGACUUGGAGCAAGUAUUUCAACAUUAUCAGUUCUGGGCAGUCAUUCAUUUUGCUGCUAUCAAGGCUGUGGGUGAAUCAACUCGCAUUCCAUUAGAAUAUUAUCAUAACAAUCUUACAGGGACAUUAAACCUACUAAGAGUCAUGAAACGAUACAAUAUCAAAAACAUUGUGUUUUCAUCAAGUGCCACAGUCUAUGGUGAAUCAGAAGUGAUGCCUGUGAAUGAAUCAUGUCCAUUAGGACCAGUGACGAACCCAUAUGGAAAAACGAAAUUAUUUGCCGAAGAAAUAUUACGAGACUUGUAUGAGUCUGAUCCAGAGUGGAAUGUUAUCUUGUUAAGAUACUUUAACCCAGUGGGAGCACAUAUGUCUGGAAUGAUUGGAGAGCAUCCACAAGGUGUACCCAAUAAUUUAUUACCAUAUGUAGUCAAGGUGCUACAAGGUCAUUUACCCUUUGUCCAUAUUUAUGGAAACGAUUACGAUACAGUGGAUGGCACAGGAGUAAGAGAUUAUAUUCAUGUCUGUGAUUUGGCUACAGGACAUGUUGCUGCAUUAAAAAAGCUAGAAGAGAAGCCUGGUUGUAAAGCAUAUAAUCUCGGGACAGGUGCUGGUUACUCUGUCUUGGAAAUAAUUCACGCUAUGGAACGAGCAACACAUAAAAAGAUUCCCUACAAGAUCGAAAGUAGAAGACCCGGUGACGUUGCUAUCUGUACAGCAGACGCUUCAUUGGCAAAUAAAGAACUUGGCUGGCAUCCUCUUUAUACAAUGGAUGAUAUGUGUCAAGACAUCUGGAGAUGGACUCAGCGAAAUCCUAAUGGUUAUGAUGGUGAAUUAUUAUAAAACCGAGACUAUUUCUAUUUAUGGAAAUGUUGUAUGGUGUAUUUGUCUCUAUUAUUAUUUUCCUCUCUCUCUCUCUCUCUCUCUC